AUGAAAGUAUUUCAGCUCGGAACGCUGUCGGAAAAGUCACAUUAUUCACCCAACUUGACACUUGACUGUGCAAAUGGGGUCGGCGGUGAAAAGAUGCGCAUGCUGUGCCGUUUUUUGCCAGAAGACUCAUUAAACAUUCAAUUCAGGAAUGAAGACGGCGAGCUCAAUCACGAAUGUGGUGCAGAUUACGUAAAAAUUGGUCAAGUUUUACCGGCCGGCUUCGAAGAUGUGAGUGUUACGACAAAGUGCGCUUCGUUUGAUGGUGAUGCAGACAGAUUGAUAUAUUUCCGAGCAACAGGAGAUGGGAAAAAGGCUGCAUUGUUGGAUGGUGAUCUUAUUGCUGUGCUGCUAACGAAAUUCAUAAAAGAGGGUGUGACGCCUAUUUUUGUGCCAACAGGCGUGAAGCAUUUGCAUCAUGCCGCUCUAAAAUUCGAUAUUGGUGUUUACUUCGAGGCAAAUGGACACGGAACAGUAGUUUUCAGUGAAAAAUUCGACCAGCUCGUAAGAAAGUGGGUGGUCGGUGACGCUAUGGCAGACCUUCUGUUGGUCGAAUCUCUCUUACGUUGGUACGGCUAUUCCGUCGACGAUUGGGAGCAAUCUCUUUACACAAAUGCACCCAACGUCAACGAUCGUUCGAAAUACAGGACAUCAUAUGAGGAGACGGUACUUCUCGAGCCUGAAGGUGUUCAGGAGAAAAUAAAUGACCUCGUUCAACAGUACCAUUGUGCUCGAGCCUUCGUAAGGCCUUCUGGCACGGAGAACAUCGUUCGCGUAUACGCUGAAGCAAGGACGUGGGAAGAAGCCGAUUUGCUCGGUCGGAGCUUAGCAGAUCUGAUAAAGAAUUUGUAG